AAGUUCUGUGCGGACCUCAUAGAAGUAUUCACCUGAGCGCGCACAGCUGGAUGUACCUGCGGCGCGCGCACAACCGAGUAGACGAGUUUCGACCCGCCCCGUGGGGGGAGACGGAGGAGGAGGGGGGUCGAAGGGCGACGUGUAGACUCCACAACGAGCGCACAUUACAAAAACACUCCUGGAUUCCUCCUUUUUUUAAUGUAAGAAAACAAAACAAAAAAGCACGAAACAAUGUCUUGUUUACCUAAACUUGGGAAAAGGACGAAAUCAGAGGAGCGAGCGAUCCGGGAGCAGGUGAAAGGGGUCGCGCAGCAGAACUUGAAACGUCUGGGUUUGGAGGGAGAUGCGGAUCUACAGUUCAUGCUGGGCGGCGGGGACCUGGUCAAGGUUCGCUCGAAAUCCUGGCAGAAGAACCGCUUCUUCAAACUGCAGGAAGACUGCAAGACGUUGUGGUAUGAGUCCCACAAAACAGUCAGGCGGAAACAGACUUUCGCCAUCGAUGACAUCGCUUCAGUGCGCAGGGGCCGUCAGUCCGAGGGGUUGAAUAAACACACCGCCGACGGCUUGGAGGACCAGUGCUUCUCCAUCAUCUUCAAGGACAGGACGAAAAAUCUGGACCUGUUGGCGCCCAGCGGGGAGGAGGCAAAACAGUGGGUCAACGGCCUGGACAAGCUCAUUAACAACAUGCUGAACCUCAACCGCCAGCAGAACAGUGAGCAUUGGAUCUUCAGCUGCAUGCGGAAAGCGGACAAGAAUGGCGACAACAUGAUGACCCUGAAGGAGGUGAAGCACUUCCUGAAGCAGGUCAACAUCGAAGUGGACGACACUUACGCAGAGGAGAUCUUUAAGAAAUGUGACGCGUCCAAUUCAGGCACCCUGGAGGGCUCGGAGAUCAAACACUUCUACAACCUGCUGACACAACGGGAAGAGAUAGAUGUGAUUUACGGGGAUUACGCUCAGACAGAGGGUCAGAUGAGCGCCGGAGAUCUGCUCGGCUUCCUGCUGAGAGAGCAGAGGGAGCAGGUGUCCAUGCAGGACGCUCUCAAGCUCAUCGAAAAAUACGAAGUGGAUGAGACAGCCAAGCAGCAGAAGCGCAUGACCAAAGACGGCUUCCUGAGGUUCAUGAACCAGGAGGAAGGCUCCAUCUUCAACCCGGCCCACAAACCGGUGUAUCAGGACAUGCACCAGCCCCUCAGCCAUUACUACAUCUCCUCCUCGCACAACACAUACCUGAUGGCGGACCAACUCAAAGGACCCAGCAGCACAGAAGCCUACAUAAAAGCACUGAUGAAGGGCUGUCGCUGUGUGGAGCUGGACUGUUGGGACGGCGCUAACGGCGAACCCGUCAUCUACCACGGAUACACACUCACGUCCAAAGUGCUGUUUAAAGACGUCAUUAAAGUCAUCAAAGAAUUCGCCUUCAAAACAUCCGAAUACCCAGUGAUCCUGUCCCUGGAGAACCACUGCACCAUUGACCAACAGCGGCUCAUGGCCCAUCAUCUGAUCUCCAUCCUGGGCGAUGCCUUGGUCACAAAGCCUCUGCGCAACGUCACGCCCACCAACUUCCCCUCACCUGAGGAGCUGAAGGGGAAGAUCCUCAUCAAAGGGAAGUGUUUGAAGAAAGUGAACCCUUCCCUCAGCAACGACGGCGUUGUGGAGGAAGGCACCGUGUCUGAGGAGGACGAGGCGGCCGAUUGUGAGAACGGACAGAAAGCCAAACCAAAGAAAUCAAAGAUCAAACUGGCCAAAGAGCUCUCAAACAUUGUCGUCUACUGCAAGAGUGUCCAUUUCAACAGCUUCGACCACGCCAAGGAAAUGCAGGCCUUCUACGAGAUGUCCUCCUUCAAGGAGAGCAAAGCUUUGACCCUGGCUGAGACUUCAGCGACUGCCUACAUCCAUCACAACACGGAGAAACUCAGCAGGAUCUACCCCGCGGGCUCCAGGACCGACUCCUCCAACUAUAACCCGGUGCCCUUGUGGAACGCCGGCUGCCAGAUAGUGGCGUUGAACUUCCAGACACCUUCCAAGGAGAUGCACCUCAACCAGGGUCGGUUCCUGCCCAACGGCGCAUCGGGCUACAUCCUGAAACCGGAAUUCCAGAGGAGCCUGUCCUCUCAGUUUGACCCCAGCACACUUUCCGAAGGGCCCUGGCUACAGAAGAAGACCUUGAACGUGAUGGUCAUUUCAGCUCAGCAGUUACCCAAACUCAACAAGGACAAACAAAGCUCCAUCGUUGACCCUCUGGUGCGGGUGGAGAUCUACGGCGUGCCGGCGGACAACGCCAUCAAGGCGACGCACCACAUCGAUAACAACGGGUUCAACCCGACGUGGAAUGAAAGUUUCCGGUUCCAAAUCCACGUCCCCGAGCUGGCCAUGCUGCGGUUCGUGGUGGAGGACUACGACGCGGCGUCCCAGAACGACCUCAUCGGGCACUACUGCCUCCCGCUCAGCAGCGCGCAGAACGGGUACCGCCAUGUCCCGCUGCUCACCAAGAGAGGCGACGUCAUCUCCUCGGCCGGACUGUUCGUGCACCUCAUGCUCACAGACGCCGAGUAGGAUAAUCCUGCAUGUCAGCCUUUAACAUUAAAAAACGGUCUAUAUGUCCAGUGUAAGUGUAACUGAACUCUUAUCAAAUAUGAUCAAAAAAAGGACUUGUGAUGUGCCGAUCCGAGGGUGCUGACUCAGCGUUUUUAGAUUUUUUUUUUUUUAUGUAUUGUAUGGGAGUUCUUGUAUUUUAACAGGGGAAGAGUGGAUGGAGAUGUAAAUGGUGUGGGAAAGUAUUUUAAAAAUGUAAAAAUGUUAAAUACAUAUGUUACAUACAUUUUAAUUCUUUCAAUGACGUGAAACUUAUUUUGGACUGUAACCUUAUAGGCAUAUCAAGAAAUGAACUAUAUCGUAAAUAUUGAUAUUAACAUAUUGAGUAUUAAUUCAUCUUAUCAAAUAUUUCAUGCCAAAAAUACGUUUUCAAACCUACAUACUUGUCUUGCCUUUUUUCUGAAUUUUCACUACCUGUCAAAUAAAACCAGCAGAGUCUCUGA